AUGAUCAAAAUUCUGGCGACUAUUAAAGAUGCAAAGCGAAUACCAAAGAUUCUUCAGCCGGACCAGAUCCAACACGAUGAUUUGCAAGACAUUCCUGGAGAUGAUCUAGCCAAGGCGAAUGCAGUUGUAAAGAGCAUGGCGGAGUGUGAAAGCCUAACUUCAUACGUCCCAAUUAUUCUCACGAGUGCGGUGAAGGGGAUCGGCAUUGGCUUGCUGCAUGCCUUACUCGCAAAUCUGCCGCUGCCUCCGACACCAACGCCGCGAGACUACGUCGGCAUAGCUCUGAAUCCCGAACAACCACAGUCCCUGUUCCAUAUUGAUGACACAUUUAGUUUACCAGGUUCCUAUGGCGCGCUGGCAACUGAUACCUGUCAAUUGAAGAAAAGAGGUGUAGUAGUGUCUGGCUAUGUUCGAUUCGGAGGUUUUUCAGUAGGUGGCAGAAUUGUUCUUGGUCCUUUUCACCCAGAAGAAGAGGAGUCACAAGGAUUAGGCUUGGCGGUUGACAAUCGACCAGCAGUGAGAGCGUAUGGACUAUCUAUCUCUCACCCGUCGUCUGUGGACUUGGCUCGAAUGGCAAUGAAGAACGCCGUCUCUGCAUCUGCCGUGUCAGGAGAAUGGCACAAAGCGCAAAUUGUCAGCAUUCGGAACUUACGAUUGCCUGUGCGAACCCUAGAAGCUGGGCAAGCCGGAUCUGUAGGUCUCGUAUUUGAGCGGCCGGUAACAUCAUCGGGCGAGCCCUUGACAGAGCUACCGCGCGUACGCCGGGGCAUGGUCCUGGCCGUCCCGUCCACGCACAUGCUGGAUUCAAAUCUGUCCCUUCAAGCAGCCAGUGGGUUUACGGCUUCAUUUACUGAACCCGCAGUAUGCUCUUUGACCCCGGGCUCCUUUAUCAACGUCUAUGUAGCGAGUGUAAAAGCUGCUGCUAGAGUCGUGCGAGUUUCACACGAUCAAUCCCAACUACAACCCAAGGCCACUGCCACUGGCAAUGAUGACAUCGAGGAUGUAUUCAACCUAAACGCAGACAUUGACACCGGAGAUGCGACAUGGGACUAUAAGGCGUCUUGGUCCGGCGCGGUAACGCUGGAAUUGCUUCACGGUAGAGAAUGGAUCGAGCUAGGCUCCAAGGUCAUAAUCCUAGAAGGCGGGAGCCAAGAUCGGUCGGGACUGGAAGGAUUUGUGGGGAAGAUUGUUGAGAUAGUUGAUUGA